GCAGAAUACGGAUUACUGACGCCGCACCUGGCAACCCCAUAGCUCAUUCAGACCUCAACUAUAAACAAGCGGAACACUCUCUCAGGUCAGUCAGUUCAUCUGGGUCAGUCAGUCCAUCUGAGGUUCUCCCCUUACAUCAGUGUGAUGACGGUGACCUGACCCAUGGACCUCAGCAGUGUCAGCACAGUGAGAGAGUCACGUCUGGAGCUAGAUCAUGAAUGACAAACUAGUGUUUUUGGGCCUGCUGUACUUUGUCCAGGGAAUCCCCUACGGCCUCCAGUCUUCACUGCUCCCUGUCUACCUGCGUGGAGCUGGUCACUCCCUCACCCGCAUCGGCUUCACCAAGAUCCUCUACUUCCCCUGGGUCCUCAAGGUGCUCUGGGCUCCACUGGUGGACCGGUUUAGCACAAAGCGUCACUGGCUGGUGGGGACAGUGUCUGGCCUGGCUCUGACAUGCCUCUCCAGUGCUGCCUUGGCCCCAGAAGCGCAUAUCUGGGGAGUAGCAGGAACCCUGUUGGCCAUGAACACCCUGGCCUCUGUCCAGGACAUUGCUGUAGAUGGAGCAGCGGUGGGGUUGCUGAAAGGCCGUGGGGAGCUGGGGCUGGGCAAUUCGGCUCAGGUCGUGGGCUACAAAGCUGGGUCGGUGUUCGCUGGCGGUGGACUGCUGGCGGUGAUUGACGUGGCUGGAUGGAGCUGGAUGUUUAUGCUGCUGACGUUUGUGUACGCAGGGGUGGCUCUGUUUGUGUGGGGGACCCCUGUGCUGGAUGAUGAGACUUUGAGGGGCCAGCAGGCUGAAGCCAGCAGAAGGGGAGGGCAGGGAAUUGAUGCUAUGAAGCCAUGGAGGGUGUGGAGGAAGAUGCUGGCAGUGCCUGGCACGCCAUGGACAGUCCUGUAUGUCCUGACAUACAAACUGGUUGGUGAGUAUCUCUCUGAUAUUUGUCUUGUGUACUGCUCUUUCCUCAGCAUCGGGGCUCUGAUGCGACGUGUGUUUGUGUUGCGAACCAUCAGCAUGGUCUUCCAGAGCUCUCUGCUCACUGUGCUGGAACCAUCACCACUCAUGAAAGGUAUGGCCAUCCUCAGCAUGAGCGUUCAACACUUCCUGGGUGGUCUCAUCACCACGCUCACCUUUACAACUAUGAUGCAUUGCACUCAGAGGGCAGAGGAAAGCAUUCAGGCGACUCACUACAGUUUCUUGGCGACACUGGAGGUGCUGGGGAAGCUGACGUUCAGCGCUCUGGCUGGAGGUGUGGUGGAUUGGUUUGGGUUCCAAGUUGCCUUCCUCUUCUUCCUCACCCUUUCUGCUGGGACGGCCCUGCAUGUGUGGACGGCUACUUUCACUGGUGCUCUCAGGGAACACCAGCUCAAAGAACAGCCCAAAUGAGAUCAGGGUGAAAGUUUGUGAUACGGGGGUAUAUGCAGGUGCUAACGUGUAGACACCUCACAGGUCCCAUUUAAUAUACUCCUCAUGACUUUAGUAAAUCAUCUAAGUACAGAAGAACAAGUUAGAUUUCCUUUUUUCUAUGUUGAAGGAGAAAUCAGCCAUUUGCUCCUUUACUCUAGUACAGAGCAUAACUUUGAUUUAUUUCACUUUAAACUGGCCUUACAUUUUAUGUUGCAACAUCUGGAAAAGUCUUAAUAUUUACAGUAGGGUUAGCAUGUUGUUAGCAGAGUUUUUUUUGUAUAGGAUUCAUGCAGUCAGCAGAUGAACUGAUGGGGUUUAAUGUGCUGAGCAGUGAUGUACAGUCAUACUGUACGAGGGUGUUAGGAAAUAUAAACAGUUUUUCAUGAUCUGAGCCAUGUUUCAUGUUUUGAUAAGCCAGCAAUAAGACCUGUAGCCAAAAGCAAUAUCACAACUCUCUGAUGCUUCUUCUAUCAUUUUGUGCUUUGUAUGAAUAUGUGCUUCAUUCCCAUGAGUUCUAUGGUUUACAGUUCUAAAGGUCUGAAUGCACCCAAAUGCAUCCUGAAUGUGUCCUGAGAUCCAAUCAAUCACUCAGACCCUAUUUGGAAGAGGUCUGGGACGCAUGUGGCCACAGUCUUCUCGCUGUGUGAACCAAAAUCCACACAAGGCCACAUAUGAGGGACCAGCCACUCAGCUGGCGUCUCUGACCCGCUACAGUUUAAAUGUAUUUUUGCUCUACUCAGUGUCCAUACGUUGAUUUGUUGAUUUCUGCCACAAUAUCAACACAGAUUACCACAUAAUGACUGAUAUUUUUUCUUAGAUUCGAAUUUAACUUGGUUGACUUAUGGUCAGAUCUCUCAGGAUGGAUGUUAACACCGGGUCUGAACAGGGCCUUUGUUUUUUUUAGCUGGUAGCCAAUGUAAAUCUUCAGUUACUGUCUGUUUUACAAAAGAACAUUUCAGCUGUUGAAUGAAGAACACUUAUUCUGUUAAACCAGUCACUGAAUUUCCAGAGUAAAAUCCUGCUUUAUUUUACAGGUCUCACCUUUUCUAGCUUUAUUAACCUGAAAAUUGAGCUCGUAUUUAGCUGUAAAUUGUUGUUUCAAGAAAGGCUAAUGCAAUAUAUGGUGCUGAUUAUACAGGAGACGGAGGAAGUGUUAGUUGCCUUUGUAUAAAAAAAAAAGCUGGAUUAUUGCUGGAAAAUAUUGGAGCUGUAAACUAAAGUGUAACCAAAAUCCCUUUGAACAGAGCAGGUCGACCCUGACAGUGAACUUACUUCUAUUUAGGAAACCUCAGCCUUACACACUGCAUGGUGCCAUCUUGUCUCCGUUUUUUUACUCAUUGACGAAAACAAAACAGCUCUCAAAGUAUUAUAAAAUAUACUGUAACUCUCAUGGUACUGUAUACUACAGAAAGUAAUUUCCUUAAAUUAUGCUUAAAAUAUGAAUAAAACAGCAGCACAGAAUGUUUCAUUUUCACCACAUUCUGGGAGAAUGAAAUGUAAUAAUUUAUGCAGGUGAAUGUAAUAGUAGAAAAUAAGUCAUUAGAUCUAAAUUAAUUGUUAAUUGUGCUGACAGGAGACAGGCAGCUGAGAUGAGGACAGAUCGAUCUGAGCAAGUUUAGUAGAAUAACACAGCUGGUCACUUGCUGUCGACUACAUAAUAAAUAAAGUGAUGUCAUGGUCAUCCACAUGUUGCAAAGCACAUCUCUUGUCUCUCAGCUACUGUGUCGCCUGAGAUUUGCACAAGAAAAUAAAGCUGC